AUGCGCAUGUCGAUUGAACAUCUCGACAGGCCAUGUGCGCUGUACGCACUGUACGAGGGCCACAGAGGUCGGCCCAGCUCAGGAACCGCAAACGCUUGCGCGGAGUUCUGCGUGAAGCACCUGCAUCAGAAGCUGCUUCCAAAGCUCUCGGCUUUCCGCGGAUUCUGGGAGGACACGCGUCUCCAGGUAGCCAUGCGAGAAAGCUUCGAGGAGCUGGAUGCCGAGUUCAUAGAGAAGAACCCGGGCGUUCCAGAUGGAUGUUGUGCGGCGGUGGCCUUGGUUUCGGGACAUCGCGUAGUCAUCAGCACAUUGGGUGAUGUUGCGGCUGUGGUGUGCAUGCGAAAUGGAGAAGCACUGGAGUUUCUCAAGCCGCAUGUCGCACCUGGCGUCGAUGAGGAUGAUGACGAAGAUGACGAGCCUCCAGACGCAGCGCCGUCACAAGGAGAGGGUCCAGCAAUACAGUGGACAAGAUCGCUGGGAGAUGCCGACUUCAAGAAGCAGAAUGGUUCUCCGCAACUAUCGUCAACACCAGAAACGAAGGUCUUGCAUCUAGAGUCUCCGCAUUUGGGCCUUGCAUUCGUGUGCCGAGCUCUCUAUAACGCCAUCGGCAAGAGUACUGCCGUGUCUACGGUGUCGAAGCGUUGCGCGCCCCGCGCGAGAAUGGCUGCGGGAGCUCUGGUCGAUGCCGCGGUGCAGUGGCUGGGGCAAGUUGGGGACCUUGGCCUCGGGUCCAUCGUCGUCUUCUUUGACAGGAUAGAAGAUGGGCCUGCCCACAAGCGGGCCAAAAAAGAGGACCCCAGCCAGGUGCGCCUGAGACAUAUCCUGCUCAAACAUCGAGAAUGCAAGAGCACCAUAGACAAGGUGCGAAACAAGCAGGUCAAGCGCUCGCGAGGAGAAGCCGAGCGAUUGCUGCGAGCAGUGUUGGAAGAAUGCCAAAACGAUCCUGGCAUGAAGAUUUUCACGCAGCGCUGCAAGGAGCUGUCCGAGUGCCAGAGCUGCCUGAAGGCCGGGGAGCUGGUGGGCGACCUGAGUUGGGUCAAGCCCGGCAAGUACGGCCAAGCAUUUGACGAUAUCGCAUUUUCCUUGUCUGUGGGUCAGCUGAGCGACCUCGUUGACACGGAUCAAGGGGUUCACAUCAUUCUGCGCACCGAUCGGCAUGAAGAAGGCGCACGCACCGUGAAGGCACUCGAGCUGCAGGCAAAGGCCCCAGCCUUCCUGCGCUCCCGAGCACUGCAAGCGGGACUCGGUGAGAGCGCUAUCUGGUGGACAUCCUCUCCGUACUCCGCUCAAUCGCAGAAUGCAGGCGGAUGUGAAGCCACCUUGCUUAUGUUCCUGGGCUCAAUGAAAGCCUUGCUUCAGAGUUCGGCUAUGGGAAGCACCAAGGCAAGCAUGGGCCGGCCAGGCCGCUUCGCCAUGUGCCGCCAGGUACCACUUGUUGCCUUGGUUGGCACUCUGGCCGCAUACUGCUGCUGGAGCCAGGAGAGCGGCUUCGUUGGAACUCAGGGCCCUCACCGUCCAGCAGGCAGCACUGCGAUUGUCGACAACCUGCCGCGAGGCUUGACGUGUCGGCGUGGCAUAUCGCAAAUCACUCCGAAUCGCUACGGACGUGACAGCCCAGAAUACGAUCCAGCUGAGCCUGCCAUCAUGCUGCCCUACGGCUCCGACAAACGGGCAGAAUGGAGACCUAUUCCACAGUGGAGAGGGGAGAAGACCUUCCAUCCGUGCAAAAAGCUGCAGGAUGACCAGUACCGUCAGUGGUAUCAUUUCGAUGCCGAAGGAAAGACCUUGGGUCACUUGGCAAAGGCUGUGGCUGCCACUCUGGAAGGCACAGACAGCCCUCUGUAUGAUCCCAUCCGGGACGUCGGAGCUUACGCCAUCGUCACCAACUGCGAGCGAGCGCUGGAUGACGCCGUCGCAGACCCGUCCCUCUGGCAUUGGGCAACUAUGACCGCAGACGAGACUUGCGGAGCUGUUUGUCGCAUCAACGCUGGAAUGCGAGAUCGUGGACGCUGGUGGGAGGCAGUGGAACAAGCUGCCGAUCAGGUCUGCUGGGGCUGUGACUUGGAGCCAUGGCCAAACGAAAGAGCUUUUGGCCACCAAAUCUGGGCUGCAGUGCAUGAUGGCGGCCUUCCGAUCAGGCGCGUUGCCCAAUUCACUAAUUUGUGGAGUGUUCCCUGCCCUCGGGGGAUUCAACAUCGCCACCGCGGAACUCGAUGUCUUGUUGGCCAUUUUGUCUAUGGCAUCAUGUGCUUCUUCAAGUUCAUGGGGGAGACGGGACAAGAGAACGUGGCCCUCACCAGCCUGGAGAGUGUGAUGGAUCUAGCGUUCAUCGUCCAGCAGGCGCCAUGCCGUAGCCAGUGGGCCUUCCCCGUGGAGGAGGUUGCGGAGAACUACGAACGAAUCCUAACGCAAGUGUGGCAUCGACACCUGCCCGUUCCAGAACGAUGGCUCAGAGCCUCUGGUCCCUUGAGCUGCUGGCGUCCGAGGGUUCGAGAGCCUCAAGAGACAACCGAAAGGAGUCUUGCCAAUCUCGCUCGAAUUCAAUGUCUGGUGUUGACCAUGUACCCGCAGGAGAUUGAGAGAAUGGCCAUGGUAGUUGAGACGUAUGCAAAAUAUUGUGAUUCUUUGCAAUUCAUAGUUGCAGGGAGUGGCCCAUCGCACUUCAGAGGAUAUCAGGUUGUCAAUCUGAGGGAGUUCUUCGACGUUGUAGCAGAUCCGGCACCGACGGAGCAUAAAGAACCCAACACAAUUGAAAAGACCUUCAUGGCACUUAACUUUGCAGGGCUGUACCUUCGACAGCUGCCGGAAGAGAGCAAACCGCACGUCAUUUGCCGCCUCGACUCCGACACGUUGUUCCUUCCGCCGAACAUACGCCGCAUUCUUGCUUGCAGAAACUUCUCAUUUGCGCAUGCUUGGGCGAUUGGCUUCGACAAUUACGCUCACAAGCAUCAGCAACCUGGUCGAGUUUUUCACAAUGGUGGCACUGGAGUGUGUUUGUCAAGAUCUGCUGUGGAGGUGCUUUCUGAAGAGAUCUCCGCGGGAAAGUUGUUACGAAGCUCGUCCCCUGGCGACUGGAACACUGGCCACUGCGUGACUGCCCCGGGACACUGGGAUGAUGUUGUGUUGAGUGCCUGCCUGGCAAAGUUGGGUGUGGCGUUCUCGCGUUGGGGCACAGACUGCCAAGGCCGAAGCCUCUUUUGGCCGGAUGCGCUGCAGUAUGCUUUUCCUGGUCCGGAGCAGAUUCGGCCUCGAAGGCUCCCUCCCAAGGGCUCUUUCUUCCAACCUCCGAGUACGAGUAGUGGAGGGAAGCUCCCCGGGACGAAUCGAGAGCCAGAGAUCUCAAACUACCACUUCUGGCUCUACAGAGUGUGGCAGCAUCUAGCUUGCUCACCGCUCAUAUGGCUUGGUGAUUUCCCAGUCAGCUUUCACCCCUAUCGCAAUCGAACUCUGGGCAGGAGGGACUUCCGAUACUUCCAGAAGAAGGUGCAGCUCCAGGGCUACAUGAUGCAGCUUUGGGAUGGAGACGUCAUCAACGGAUGUAUCCGUGUGUCUGGCAAGAAGUACCACUACAAGCUGUAUCUCCGGAACGUUGGCAAUCGGCCUGGCAACAUGAAGGUCGAGCGGUUCAAGGACCUGUUGAAACGAUUCCCCGAGCGAAUCAUCAUGCGAGCUGUAUGGGGCAUGAUGAAGAAAACACCUGCGAACAGGCGAAUUUUCAAGGAGCGGCUUAAGCUUUUUGCCGGGCCCAACCACCUCUACUACAACAAGGAUCCCGUGGAGUAUCCCAUGCACAAGAUCAAGGACUGCACGCACACCGCCAACCUGCGGUACCGCGAUCGCACGAUGCAGUACCUGAAGAACCAGAAGCCAAGGGACGAAGUGGUGCUCCAGUACAAGCAAGCCAGAGUUGAUAGGACCAGGUUGAAGCAGUAUCGCACCUUCUUGUCGAAGCAGCUCUCAAGACUCGGAGAAGAGGCCGCGAAGGACAUGGACAUGGAAGAGUUUGUGGCGAAGGCUACGGAGAACGAGUACGACCGCGUCUGGGAAGAGACGGAGGGUGAUGAGCCUAAGAAGAAGAAGGAGAACCUGUUUUACGAAACCUGGCUGCCAAAGCAGAAGUACUCCGACAAUCGGAAUCGGCGAAAAGGAGUUACACAUAUUCCUCCUGUUCAAGUGUGGAAAGAGCCCAAGAUGGAGGAAGGAAAGUGA